CAGAUACCAUAGGUAUCAAACACCACGCCGUAGAGGAUGAUGUAGCGGCAGCAACUGAUAGGCAUUACCAUGUAGCUGAAUUCGAGGGGUCUUUUAUGACCGAUGACACACUGAUGGAUCAAGAUUCCCAAAUGAAAAAUAAAUCUUACUCUUUCAGAAUAUUCUAUGGUGAAAGAGACCCACUGGUGAACAUCUUGGAUAGUGCCGUAUACUACCUACCCAUUGAAGAGAUCAAGAACGGUAAAAUCUCAGGAACUGGCCAUGGGAUAUACGGAGAAGUCUUUGAAAAUCCAAAUAUAGUACAAGGCCGAGUAGGGGGUGGACUAUCGCUGGAUGGAAUAAACCAAUAUGUUAAGUUGAACAGCCCGACUGUAAACCUGAGAGAAACAUGUUUUGGGGAUCUCGAUAGAUGUAACAAUGGAGCAACACUUUCAUUAUGGAUAAAAUUAGGCCAGAAGGAUUCUUCAAACAUGUACUACUUCUCUAGUGGAGGACAAACGAAAUAUUCACACGGUAUAGCGGUACUCUGGAAAGACGGGAGCCUCCUUGCUUGGAUGAGUAGCACCACGAAAUUGUGGAAGACAUCUUGGGAUUGGCCAGAGAA